AUGAGCUUCACUCCCCGCUACGGUUCGUCCGUAACGAGGGACUACACGCUGCUCCAAGGCCAUCCCAGCUCUUAUCACCACUUUGGCGCCCUCGGCGGCGCCCCCACCGCCGCCCAAUCGCGCGCAGCUCACAACGACGAAGCAGACGCACAGAGCGUGUCGGAAGACCACGAUGCCGACGAUACCGAUGCUGCUGCCUCGGUCUCCUCGAUCCACCAAGACGACUCGACCGACACUGGUCUCAGCAACAUCUCGCUGCCUACCAACCAUCUGGCCGUCGCAAGCUCGCCUGCCUUCGGCCGCGGCAAUCGUCUCGCCUCGACGCCCGCGCCCAUCAUCUCGCCCCGCAAUCGCCGUCCAAGCGUGAAUGCAUACCCGCAGGUCGCUGGUAUUCCAUCCGAGUAUCUUCUCGGCGGUUCGGCCGUGCCGCCAACCCACCAUGCCGGCGGCGCCGCCUCGAACCUUUCCCUAGGAGCUCCCGCAGUCCCACCUCUGUCCCCCGCCGCUCCUCACAAGCCGCCAAGGCGCACCGAGAACGACAACGCAGGGCAGAACGACGACGACACCGACGCUUCCGAGUCUACCGCGCUUCUUCAUCACAACCGCUCCUCGCACCAGCUCCCCGGCUCCAGCGCUGCCCCCUCCUCGUACGGCGCAGUCCGCAGAUCCUCGUUCGAUGGCGCAAGCAUCAUCAGCGGCGGUCCCGGCGUCAGCGGAUGGGCCGCCGCAAACCUCAUGCGCGAGGCUCCUCUCCCCGGCGUCGAGCAGAUCGAGGCCAUCGCUCUCGAAUCACACGACCACGUCGCCUGGCGCGAAGCACGCGUCUUGAUCGGCUACACCAUCCCCAUCUUUGCCACCCACAUCCUCGAAUUGUCGCUCUCGGUGGCGUCGGUAUUCUCGCUCGGCCAUCUCGGCACCGUCGAGCUCGCUGCAGCCUCCCUCUCCAGCAUGACCGCCAACGUUUCAGGCUACAGCGUUCUCUCCGGCUUCAUCUCGGCCCUCGACACUCUCCUUCCUUCGGCCUACACUCAGCAACCCAAGUCGGUCGGGCUGUGGACCCAGCGAAUGGGCGUCAUCCUCAUCGGUAUCCUCCCAAUCAUCCUUGCCAUCUGGCUCAACGCAGAGGUCAUCCUCAUCCACAUCGGCCAAGACCCGGAGGUGGCGUAUCUUGCGGGCCGCUACCUUGCCGUGCUUGCCUACGGCCUUCCAGGCUACGCGCUCUUCGAAGUCUGCCGACGCUACUUGCAGGCGCAGGGACUCAUGCACGCUCCAACCAUCGUGCUCAUCUUCGUCUCGCCUCUCAACGCCAUCGCAAACUACCUGCUUGUCUGGGGUCCAGACUCCAUCCGGCUUGGCUUCAUCGGCGCCCCUAUCGCUUCCGCCGUCUCCAUGUGGCUCAUGGCCGUGCUCUGCUUCUUCCAGUGCGUCCUCGCUCCGCGCGACGCCUGGGACGGCUUCACCACCGCCGCUUUCAAGUGGGACGGCAUCAGACCCGUCCUCUACCUCGGCUUCGCCGGCAUGGUCAGCCUGGCUGCCGAGUGGUGGGCGUGGGAGAUCGUCGGCUUAGUCACCAGCCAGCUCGGCGUAGUCGCUCUCGCAGCUCAGUCGGUGUUGCUCGUCAGCUCUUCGGUGACGUACCAGCUUCCCUUUGGUGCCUCGGUCGCCACCGCCGUGCGCAUCGGCAACCUCCUCGGCGCAAAUCGACCGGAGGAGGCCAAGAUCUCGAGCAGAGUCGCUCUCAUCCUCUCCCUCGCCAUGGGCGGUUUGAACUCGGCCCUCUUCCUCAUCUUCCGCAAGCAGUGGGGAUGGCUCUUCAGCUCUGAUAUCGAAGUCAUCAAGCUCGUCGAGUACAUCUUGCCGCUGCUUGCCUUCUUCCAAGUGGCUGACGGCAUCUGCGGUAUUGCUGGUGGAGUGCUCCGAGGCACGGGCAGGCAAGCGGCCGGCGCAGGCAUCAACAUGGUCUCCUACUACAUCAUCGGCAUCCCCGUCGGACUCGUCCUCACCUUCACGCGAAUCAACCUUGGCUUGGCCGGCCUCUGGUGGGGAUUGACGAUCGCGCUGCUCUUCGGAUCGGCCGGCAUGAUCUGGCUCAUCGGCAUCACCGACUGGGACUGGGAGGUGAAGAAAGUGCAACUGCGCAUGGCCGUAGACGACCCGUCCGAUCCCGCUCUCAACGCUGCGGUCUCCACCUCGCAGGGCGCUGCCAAGCCCGAUGUCGAGGCGGCGUCGCAUCCACGACUGGCGCAGACCUCGUCUGCCGUCGAAGCAAUUAACAGUCGAGACCCCGCGCUCAGCCCUCUCGGCAUGCGUCCAUCCUCCAUUGCCGGAUCCGUCAUCGAGGAGGAGGACGAAGUCUCCAUCUAG